AUGCCGGCGAUGAGGAAGAUGGACCCUUUAUCUCUGGUGGUGGAACACUGCGCGGACUCUGGGCACACUUUUGCCUUCCAGAACGCCAAAGUUCUGGAUCAACUUAACGACCGCGUGGCCAGGGAAGCAAUCGAGGCCAGGCGAAAGGAGACUACCUCAAUAAACCGUUGUUUUGCCCUUCCAGCAGCCUACCAAGCCCUCCGGACGCAGCUGAACGAACAAAAGGGCAAGCGCGAAGUCAGGCCAGACGUGAAUCCAAACACGGGAGAAUCUACGACGGACCUGCACGUAGCCACACCGCAAAUCAGGCCCGACGAAGGCGCAGUCAUCAAUACUGUUGCCUCAACUACUACUCCGGCAGACGGGUAGAACGCGGUCAAAGGGAUGCAAUCAAGACUAGAAACCCAGGACGGCAACUAAGGUCAACGCGAAUGCGGGCGAUGGCCACCAACGUUCAAAUGCCGCCCCCCGACGAGAGACAGGCAGAUUGACAGCAGUCACCCUCCCUCCCGUUCUGCCCUGGCAACUACAGAGACGAUCCCUGUGCGUAUGCGGGCAAUUAGCGCCAAAGCUGAUUAACUACUCCCCUCGUAUAUUUAAUACCAUGUGAACAUAACUGUCAUCUAUCCCCUCCCUCAUAAAUACUCUGUGACGCCGUACGAUACUCACAUCCGACGAUGAAAGCUUGUCUGCUUUUGAAACGUCAGGACACUACAACCAUGGUUCCCGAGAGCGCCUCUUCUUCUCAUAUAUAUGACAAACGUAUUAUACCAUACUCCCGACAUAGGUAUUAACUUAAAGCCCAAAUACGUGUUUUGCCGCUAUUCUGCCAAUGCGUGACACAGCUAGGAAGGGUUCGGCUCCUCAGUGGUUCCCCGAGCGUUCCCUAUUCGGUUUCUGGUAAAUGAACUCCAGAUAAUUAUCAAGUGAAUAAUUUUAGACUUAAUUUUGUGUCCUGCUGAAUAAUUUCUGAAAUUAUUUUCUUUAUAUAUAUAUAUAUAUGUAAUAGAAGCGAAGAUUCGAGUCCCCGGACAUAAAUGAGAAGAAGACGCGAUCUCGGGAACCAUGAUUGUAUUGUCCUGACGUUUCAAAAGCAGACAAGCUUUCAUCGUCGGAGGUGAGUAUCGUACGGCAUCACACAGUACUUAUAGGAGGGGGAUAGAUAUCAGUCAUGCUAACACGGUGGUAAUUAUAGGGGGAGGGGGUGGUUAAUCGUCUUUGCCGCUAAUGGCCCGCAUACGCACAGGGAUCGUCUCUGUAGUCGCCGGGGCAGAGCGGGGGGGAGGGUGACUGCUAUCAAUCUGCCUGUCUCUCGUCGGGGGCGGCAUUUGAACGUUGGUGGCCAUCGUCCGCAUUUGCGUUGACCUUAAUUGUCGUGCUGGGUUGCUAGUCUUGAUUGCAUCCCUCUGACCGCGUUUCUCCCCGUCUGCCGGAGUAGUAGUUGAGGCAACAGUAUUGAUGACUGCGCCUUCUUCGGGCCCGAUUUUGCGGUGUGGCUACGUGUAGGUCCGUCGUAGAUUCUCCCGUGUUUGGAUCCACGCCCGAUCUGACCUCGCGCUUGCUCUUUAGUUCGUUGAGCUGCGUCCGGAGGGCUUGGUAUGCUGUCGGGAGGGCGACACAACGGUUUAUUGAGGUUGUUUCCGUGUUGGUCAUAUGGGUGGACGCCUGGGCACCUGUAUCAAUGAGCACAAACUAGCUAUCCGUCGGCGAGACCCUCAGUCCCUCGUCUUUGCCCAUGCACUCGAGUACGACUACCGAUUUAAUUGUGAUGGUACUGAGGUCGUCAGCAUGGCUAACACAAAUCAAGUGAGGGAAUUUCUCGAGGCUUGGUACUCUAAGGCGGGUAGUAUCAACCGCCAUGUUGGCCUGGAUGCCCAUUACGAGGGUCUACGUUCACGACUGACUGACCCCUGUCCUAAUCACGCAUCAACGACCGCGGUUUAACUGAUCCACCAUCCACCCUCCUCCUCCAGCAUAGGGUGUCGUAGUUUUUCCGCCUCCUCUCACUUUCCCUCCCCCUCACUCAGAGACCUGCCAUGACUUCGAGACCACUACCACCCCCACAGGAACAGACAACCAUCUACCAGGCCGCAGUCGGCCAAGUUACGAUAGCAGGAAGGAGACGACAGUCUGAGUAAAUAAAUACCCCAUCUGCAGCGAAGAAGAAUAGCAGGCAGUGAAGCACGGAUGAACUUCGGUUCGAUUAAGUGCUUAUGAACCACGUGGUAGACCCCAGUGGUGCAACAGUGUGUAGGCGCGAAUAUUUGUGUUGUGAUUUUUUUAGUCGGUGAAAUUACUAUAUUUUUUGCAAAAAGUACUAUCGCGGUAAUAUCUGAAGUUCGCAUUGGAACGGUUCUUCGAAAAGGUCCUGCUUGUUGCUACGUUACGGAAGCUGUUUUUCCUCGAUUUUUGUGUAAUGACAGUACUCGCCUCGGGAUAAUUAUAAUCCCCCCAUUGUUUUUAUGUCUACAAACAAAAUUGAAGUAUUCUUUGGAAUGGGUGGGCCGGCUUUUAUAAGGCCUCUGAGACAAUCGUUUAAGGUAGCAGCCCAUUUUUCUUGUCUGCUGUGUUUUUGACCGUUCCUUAUUGACCCGCCUUUUCAAAGGAGAUAUCAACGACAUGUUCCUCAUGCUGAAUGACGCCUAAUAUAGCGGGUCGUCCAUGGCCGACUAUCUCUAGAAUGAAUUCAUUGUACUUAAGUACAGCUGUGACGUGGAUUAAGCGAAUCUAAAGUAGUCAGGCCUUUUGAGAAGAACGGAUAUGUGGCUUCAAUACUCGGGUUAGUCUAUGGGUCUGGGGAUAACCACUGCAUAUCCGAACCUAUAGUUAUCAGGGCAUGAAGGUAUGCUCGACAGUAGGUCAGUAUACGUCACUAUGGGGUGUAGGGGUGUCCAUCGGUGGGUUCACGUGAUGUUCGUAGUGGUCGCUCACUUGCUUGCAGGUGAGACUAAGCCUAGCGUCCGUUUGCUGGCACCCAACUCUCACCCGUGGCUCCACGUAGCUGGGCUCUGCUCUGCGGCCACACCCCGCGCAACCGCCUCGACCGGCGGGCUAAACCAGGCGAGGGUAUCCGUUCGUGCUCCUCCACACACGGUACUGUGGUCUCCGCUGGCCGGACGGAUCAUCGCGUCGACAUCGUCAAGACGAGGCUCUGCCUGGACCAUCGCAGGAGGCCGCCAGGUAAGUGAAAUUCGCUCUGCUCUCCUUCCUUACUUUGUUUAAAUUCCGUGCAGUAUGCUGAUCUUGUUGCCUGCUCUGUAUCUGUUAAUCUGUACAUCUCUCUGCUAAUAGUUAGACGUUACCGCGCUUGACUUCAAAUGAUGCUACUCCUUACUUGUCUCACUUGCCUUCUUAUUUGCCUGUUGAAUUCCUGUGCUGUCUGCCGCUCUUGUUGCCUACUGCGACUGUUUGUCUGUCUGUCUGGCAGUCCAUGCAUCUCUCUGCUAAUAGCUAGGUGUUACUGUGCUUGACUUUGAUUGAUGCCGUCUUACUUCUGUCUCUGGCUGAUGACUGUGUCUGCUUAUCCAUUCUAGCUGUAAGUCCCAUAGCGUUCUGUAGUGCGUAUGCUCUCUCACACUUAACUUCACCCACCACCACCUAGGCCCUAGGCUAACUCGGGUCGUUCUCUCACUAGCAAAAAGUCGUGGCCCAUAGUGGAGUCCGGCAGCCGUCUGGGAUAACCGGACAACCCUAUUUAGGGGCUGCGCUGCCUGCCCUCGCGAGGAGGAGGUGGCUAGAAAAGGUGCCCUAAAAAUUGCUGGGAACUACGCUGUCUGUAGGCUGGCCGUGGUCGCAGACAAAAUAUACACGGUCGAAACAGCCAAAACCGAAACAACAACAACAACAACAACCUCUCUCUGCCUCGUCCUGCCUAUUCUCCUUCUUCCCCUCCUUCUCAUUUUCGCCGCCGCAAUCGCCAAACUGGCAGGGUAGGAACGCUCACUCUGGCAGCCUGGAAUGUUCGUUCCCUUUUAGACAAUCCGAGGAGCAACCGACCGGAACGCAGAAGAGCGCUAGUGGCCCGGGAACUGGCGCGCUACAAGGGGGACAUCGCCGCACUCAGCGAGACUCGAUUCUCCGAACAAGUCCAACUGGAGGAGGUGGGUGCCGGCUGCACCUUCUUCUGGAACGGUCGUCCCUGGGCAGAGCGAUGGGACGCGGGUGUCGCCUUCGCCAUCCGGAACGACAUCGUUGGACGACUGCCCUGUUUGCCGCAGGACAUCAACGAUCGCCUGAUGAGCUUCCGUCUGCCUCUCCGGCGGGGGGCGGGGGGCAGAUUCGCCACCAUCAUCGGCGCCUACGCUCCGCCGAUGACCAGCUCCGGGGCCGCAAGAGACAAAUUCUACGAGGACCUGCACGCCCUCUUGGCGACUGUGUCGAAGGCGGACAAGUUGAUUGUCCUUGGUGACUUCAACGCCCGCGUCGGCACAGACCAUGCUGCCUGGAGAUGA